UGCAAGCGCUAUUGACUGCAGACAAUAGGCUGCUUGCCCCAUCUCUCUGCACUCUCUGGGCAACAUACACAGUCUACUCUGCAGUGUAACUGCCUGCAGUUCAGAGAGCAGGAAGAUUGGGCAAGCAACCUGACCCCCACAGUCAAUACUGCCCAUUGCCGGCAUGUUGAGCUUACCACCCAUUGAGCUUAGUUUCAGGUCUUAGAAAAAUUCAAAAGCAUGUAAUGAAGAGUGCUGAGGGUGCGGGGAUGUUCAACAGCUCUGCCUAUCACUGCUGGCCUUCAGCUGGCUGUAUUUGACAUAGUGAUGUUCGCAGAAAAUGUUCACUACAUUGUAGUGAAUGGGACAGUGUGGUGGCCCAGUACGGUAGUUGUGCCCCCGUACCCUUGCUGCCCUGUCAGGCAGCCUCCUUACAGUGUCCCCUGAGCCCCUUACACAUGUCCCCUUAUGCAUAUAUUGUUUGCCAUGGCGGGACCGGCACGUCCGUGCUCAGCUGAUGCAUGUUCCCUAAUAGGUGGUGAGCGGAACCGGUAUCUUAUACAAACAGACUUUACACCCGCAGUGGUGUCUGCCCCCACCUUGAGAGAAGUUGCUACAUUCUGAACCCAGAUAUGGAGACACAGCUUACGGAGCUACAGGAGAUCACAAGCACGGCAGCAAGAGAUGACAGAGACCUAUACGGCCCAAGCAGUGACACAAAAGCACAAUCCGUUUUUGGUAACUCCGUCGCACCGGUGCAUAAUGUGACUCCCAUGGACUUACUCACUCUUACAAGGCAAGUCGAAAACCUGAUGAUUAAAGAGACUAAGGUCUGGUGGGACCACAAGACUUUAACUACAUAUUUGAAUAAAAAUAUGGUUCCCCGGGGUCUGAGAUUGAAAAAGAGACCAGUCAAAGUCUAUUCCCAAACAUUCCUUGCUAAAUGGGAUUGGGCUCUACUGGACUGCUCCGCUAAACUCAUGAAAUAUAUCGUGGAAGAAGAAGAAACAGAGCUAGCGGAUUUGCAAAAAGAAAUGGAAAAUCUGAAAACUAGCCUGACAGAAUUUAAAACUCACCAAGAAUCCCCACGAUUGGAAGAAGCGGUACUAGAGAAACUGGACAACAUAGAAAGCGAAAUUAUGGAUAUCAAGAUAAAUAAAUUCCAGAGGGAUACCCAUGAUUAUAAUAAAGAUCAGGUAUUCACUUGGUUCCGGAAUAAGAGUAACGAUACAGAAACACCACGCUCUAAGUCCAGACGCAGACGCCAGCCUCGCUCUAAAGCAGCAAGAAGCGUUAGUUUCUCAGAUGCCGACACUUCACAUGAAGAAGAACAGGGGUGUCCACUGGAAUCGAACCCCGUUACAAGAACAGUGCUAACUUCACAAGCCCCCCCUCAGGAGACAUCGAUGUCAAAAAACCGUCCGGCCGCACCAAAAAGAAAAACUCCAGACGAGUAGGCCGUCGCCAUAGGAAACAAGCGUUAUCCCCUGAGGUCUCUUCUAACUCCCAGAUAAAUCAGGAAGAAUCAACAUACUCUGUAAAGUGGAGAAGUGGAGAUCGUCUCUGAAGUCUUCAGGUGGUUACCCUCAGCAACACUCAAAGCAAAACAACCGUGCAAUAUAUUCUAAAUUUCCCGGAGCGAUUGCCUUAUAUAUAGAGUAAAAACAUUCUUGAGGAGGUAAUUUAAAAUGCUAUCGCAUUAUAAGCUAUUAAUAACCUGAGCACUGGAAUAUGAAGGCACAUGGAAAGCUGUGGAUAUUGGACUCAGGUAGCCACCCACUAAGACAUGGAGACCAUCGCUCACUCCUCCACUGUCCAGGUUUUGUGCAAUGCCUUGUAUCUGAUCAAUGAUGUAAUGGGUCAUGUGACCCUUCUUACCUGUAUUUUAAACUGUGUGUUAAGUUGAGAAGCCAGUCUACGAUUAAGCACGUUCCGUGUGAAACGCGUCAGACACUUCUGCUUCUGUGUGUGAAUCCUAUCUGAUGGAUCAAUAAAGAAUACUUCU